AUGUCCCACCGCAGUCCUGGCAGGAGUCUCGGGCUGCCAGCGCCGCAGCCGCUGCUGCUGCUCUUGCUGCUGCAGCUUCCUUGGGCAGCCGCCGCCGCGCAGUUUUACAGCUCAAAAGGAGUCAUAUAUGCAACUGUAUACUGGCAACCUGAUACGAGGACGGUAGAAGUCAGGAAUGUCCUGGACAAGACUGGGGAUGCCUACGGCUUCUUCAAUGACUCCAUUGGAACCACAGGCUGGGGCAUCCUAGAGAUCAGAUCUGGCUAUAAUUCUCGGGACCUGAGCAAUGAGAUCAUCAUGUUUCUGGCUGGCUACCUGGAGGGCUACCUGACAGCUCCACUCAUGUAUGACCACUUCUUGAACCUGUACCCACAGCUAAUCAAGGACCCUGCCAUCACAGACAAAGUGUACAACUUCCUAUUGAGACAAGACAUGUGGACUCGGGAAAAGAUCAGACUACAGAAAGCCGACCCGUUCUGGAGACACACCGGCUAUGUUAUGGCCCAGAUGGACGGGCUUUAUAUCGGAGCGAUAAAAAGGGCUUCAGUGGAAAAGACUACGUCCCUUACGAUGGCCCAAGUUCAAUUCCUGAACGCCGUCGGCGACCUGCUGGACAUCAUCCCCUCUCUGUCUCCCACAAAAGAGAGCAGCAUGAAGGUGUUUAAGAGAUGGGACAUGGGCCACUGUUCGGCUCUCAUUAAGGUCCUUCCUGGGUUUGAGAACAUCUAUUUUGCCCACUCGAGCUGGUACACGUACGCAGCCAUGCUGAGGAUCUAUAAACACUGGGAUUUCAACAUCAGAGACAAAGACACCACCAGCAGCCGCCUCUCUUUCAGCAGCUACCCAGGGUUCUUGGAGUCUCUGGAUGACUUCUACAUCCUUAGCAGUGGCCUGGUCCUGCUACAGACCACCAACAAUGUAUAUAACAGAACUCUGCUGAAGUUAGUGGUCCCCGAGACUCUCCUGGCCUGGCAAAGAGUCCGUGUGGCCAACAUGAUGGCAGAGGGUGGUAAGGACUGGGCAGAGAUCUUUUCAAAGUACAACUCGGGUACCUACAACAACCAGUACAUGGUCCUGGACUUGAAGAAGGUGAACCUGAAGAAGAGCCUUGACAAAGGCACUCUGUAUGUUGUCGAACAAAUCCCCACAUAUGUGCAAUAUUCGGAACAAACCAAAGUUCUGAGAAAAGGGUACUGGCCUUCCUACAAUAUUCCUUUCCAUGAAAAAGUCUACAACUUGAGUGGCUACCCGAUGCUGGUUCAGAGGCUGGGUUUGGACUACUCUUAUGAUUUAACUCCACGCGCCAAAAUCUUCCGGAGAGACCAAGGGACCGUGACUGACUUGGCUUCCAUGAAAUAUAUCAUGCGAUACAACAAUUACAAGGUGGAUCCCUACAGCGCGGGUGAUCCCUGCAAUACCAUCUGCUGUCGUGAGGACCUGAAUGAUGCCUCCCCAAUCCCUGGAGGUUGCUAUGACACCAAGGUGGCAGACGUCUUCCUUGCAUCUCGGUUUACAGCCUAUGCCAUUAGUGGCCCCACGGUACAAGAUGGCCUCCCAGUUUUUAAUUGGAGUCGGUUCAACAGAACUCUCCAUAGGGGGAUGCCAGAAGUCUUUAACUUUGAUUUUGUUACCAUGAGUCCAGUUUUGACACAAGACAAGAAGUGA